AAGUAGCCCGUGUAGAGCGAGCAGUGGUGAUGCAUUAUUCAUACACACGGCGGCUGUCAUCCCUAUUGGAGACUAGAGAUGAAAGCGGCGUGGGAAGGCAUCCACUCAUUUGCUCAUUGCAUUGCGCCGUGGUGGUGAUGAUGAUGAUGAUAAAAUAUAAGAGGUGAGUUUUUGGAAGGAGGUAAAAAUUGUGUGUCCGGUGUCUUGGGGAGAGAGAGUGAGAGUGUGCGUGCGUGCGUGCAUCAGUAAAUUACCAGGGUACAAAUAUACAGUAUAUAUCGACUGUACGUGUACUGUUAUAUAUUAAGACACAAUUUUCCUUGUCAAGGAUCAAGCGGUUGUUUUGCAACGAUGAAAGUUACGCUCAUAUUUGUGUCCCUGUUAUGCACCCUCUGCUUUAUGACUGACGGUGCUGUCAUCACUGGGGCGUGCGAGAGAGACUCGCAGUGUCCCGCUGGGACGUGCUGUGCAGCCAGCCUGUGGCUGCGGGGACUUCGCACGUGCACGCCGCUGGGGGGCAGGCAGGACCUGUGCCACCCGUACAGCCACAAGGUGCCGUACUGGGGCCGACGCCGGCACUACGUGUGUCCCUGCCUGCCGAGCCUCGCGUGCGUCCGCUCUCCGCCGGUGACCGGCCGCCACCGCUGCUCCUCCAGCUUCAGCAUCAUCGAGGGCCUCAUCUACAACUGACGAAGCGUCGACCGUGGCGCGACUUAGCGGACAGCGGCUUGCGCAGCGCACGAACGCCACAGAGCACUUCACUAUGACCGACAUCGCCAGCCAUCGCCUUUGCGACGGCUGAUCAUGAACCACUCAACUACAUAUGUUACAUCUACGGCUCAGUUGUCAAUCCACCGCUGGAUGAGAGGCUCCCCACACCAUACGCGCCGUGACAAUGCACGUAGGUACAAUGUUGAACUUCUUUCGCACCGCGCGUAGCCGACCGUGCUGCUCGGAGUUGCGGGGGUUAGGACAACAGAACUGAACACGCAGAAAAGCAGUUCAGUUGUCCAUACUUCACCAUCGCUGGUCAGCGGAGGGUUUGGCGAAGGAGGGGGAGCAGAGGAGCACAUCUAGCGCAACACACGAAAUUUAUUUUACUUCUCUGCCCUCCGCUGCCCAAAACAUAAAACCCUGCAGACUAUAACACCGGUUAUGCGUGGCGGUCGCCCAUCCAAGGCACUGGAUCGUGGCUCAAAAGACCUGCUGAGCUUGUAAGAACUGAUGAGAUCAGGUGUAUUGUGAGUGAUUUAAUCGUGUGCCCUCCAAAUGUUCAAUAUUUAUGAAGCCCUACAUGAGCAAAGCACGCCACACUGGCUCAUUAUGCGACUAAGCAAUGAACGGAGUCGGUACAAGGGUCCGGUCAUGUGCAGUUCAGUCACCUGUCGAGUCCAUACAGGUUUAUAGUCAAAUGGUGAAGUGGAAACUAAAAUAUAAAGCCAUUUAAAGCCUCAUUGUUAGCCCUGGUCUAUAUAUACAUUUAUAUGCACGGUGCGUUUGCGUGUAUGCGGUAAUCGUGGAGCGAAUUAUAUAAGCAUUGCCGCUGCUUUACGAUGUCGAGUAUUUGCUGCCAGUGGUGUGGUUGUUGUGGGACUCAACACUUCGCAAGUGCGAUCACCUUCCAAGGCGUCAUCGCCUGUCACAAGGCGUUGAUGCCAUCGCACCUCAACGCCAACUCUCUCCAACCCUCCCGCCUGAUUCCGCAGCCGCUGCCCCAUUGGCGACCUUCGAGAUCAGGCCUCUCCCAGCCUCCCACCGCCCGCUCUGAGGUGUCCCACCCCCCGCCUCGGUCGCCGGACUGAGGCCACUCCGAUGCUACGGCCGUCUCUGUGUCGGCCCUCCUCGAUCCUGGACAUGCUCCACCCAGCACAACCUUUUCUGUUGUUGUUGCUUAAUGCUAUCGAAAGGCUUAUCUCCGAUGUUGUCAUUCGGGACUUUCCGCAUUGCUUACUGCUGUAUAACAGUAAACAAUGAUGGGCGCCACGGUGGCGAGAUGUUGACUACCUCGCCUGGUACGCAGGAGGUCGUGGGUU